GUACACGUGUAUUUUGACGGAUGUCAAAGAGGAAAUAAUAAAUUACGACGUUUCCAAAGAUCGCACGAUUUUCGAGAACAUCUUGAUCGCAAAAUCAAACUUCAUUCUACAAGCUAUUCAGUGUGUGCGCAAUAAGCAGAUAUUAGCACAGAGCUUUUUAGUUGUGCUGCAGGGAUGAUUGCUAACCUAAGACCCACCGAUUUUUAUGUUGAAAUCGUUUCUUUCACGCCAAUCAAUGCGUGAAAAUGGAAUUAAAUCUUUUUCGUUCUUGCCGCAUUUGUUCGAUUGCUUACGAGAAUGCCAUCAACGUCUUCAGUGAUCUUGGAAAAAAAUCAUUUUUACAAGCUAAAAUUAAAAAAUAUCUUCAUAUCACGGUGUCUUUGGAAGAUAAACUACCUAAAAUUAUUUGCGAAGGAUGCUACAAAAGACUGGAAGGAUUUCACAAAUUUGCCACAAUGGCAAAUCGAACUCAAGACAAAUUUACCAAAAUUCUUAUCAACAAUAACAUAGCUGAACAAAAAAAAUCUGAAAAUAAAGGAUUAUUACAUUCUUAUCUUACUAAGGGUACAAAAGAAGACAUUGAAGUAACAGAAAUGGAAGUCCGCGUAGAUCCAAUGGUUUUCCUCCAAUGUACACUGGAAGAAGACGAGACUAGUUGCGAAUCGGAGACAAUGUCUUCUGAAGAGGACAAACGCGAAGUUGAGAAACGAAAAAAACCAGUCGAAUUGGCUCAAACGUCCAAAUUAAAACGUAUACUGGUCAUGAAUUACAAUAACUUAGUAGUGGAACGUGACGAAGAAAAAACAAACGUAGCCCAUAACGAAUUCAAGUCUGAACGGGAAUCUGAUGGUGAGAUAUCCGAAAGGUACAAUUGUCCAAUUUGUGCCAAAGUUAUUUCGACGAAAGGUAAUCUAAAGGUACAUUUGGAAACGCAUCGUCCUAAAGGGAAAUAUGCUUGUGAUAUUUGCGGAAGAAUUUUCAAAACUCAAUGUAAUUUGCAUCGCCAUAAAGAGUAUCACGGAGGAGUUCAAUUUCCGUGUUCAGUGUGUGGAAGAGUUUAUCCAACAAACAGCACUUUACGCGCUCAUUCGAUAACACACAGUAAUCUAAGGCCACACAAAUGUCCUUUGUGCGAUAAAACGUUUAAAAGGAACCAAGACCUAAAGUUUCAUAUAAAUCAGCAUACAGGAGCCAGGCCGUAUCAAUGUCCGUAUUGUCCUAAAGCAUUUGCGAGUUCGGGAAAUUGUUUUUCACAUAGGAAAAGGAUGCAUCCUGUCGAGGUGGAACGAGACAGGGAAAGGGCGGCCAGUAUAAUACGAUAAGUCAAAUUUGAUUUCGAACGUACAGGGUCUUUCGUCAAAUAUAAAUCAUUUCGUUUUGUUAUUUUUACUCGCUCAAAAAUAAUCAAAAAACAAUUUUUAUAAAAAUAACAACAUAAAAAUAUCAGACUGACUUAAAAAAAAUAAAUAAAGAAAAAGAAAGAAAUGAUUUGGAUUUCUUUUUAGGUUUUGAACGGAAUAAUGAGAAAUGAAACAUAAAUGGUAAUUAGCUUUAAUAAGAAAAAAAAAUGGUCUUGUUUUAUAAUCGUUGACGUUUAUUUGUUUUUGUGUUAGUUUUGCAAUACUUUAUAGGUGUUACAUUCUGUAUAUUUUUUGAUAUAUUUUACUCUAUAUAUUGAUAUUGGGGUGCAUAUUCGAAACAUGUAUCUAAACGAACAUUUUAAUCAAAAAUGAAAAAAAAAACAACUACAAUGUAUGUUUAGAUGUAUCAAUGUUCUUUCUGUUUGAAUUUUAACAUAUACAUAUAUAUUAUAAAUAUAUAAUAUAGAAUAACUGUGAUCUUUUUUGUAUACGAUAUUAUUAUUUAGUUUAAGAAAGAUAAUAAUACCGACGAUAGACAACAAUAUGUAAUUAGUGAGAUAAAUAUAAUACUAAACGUCUAUAGGUAACAGGAUUUUAAGAAAAAAAUAACUGUUCUUUGAUUUUUAAUUAUUAGCAAUAACAAUUAUUUUCUUACUUAAGAUUUUUUAAUUUAUUUUUAAAGCAACAGUAUUACUAGAGUUAAUGUACGUGUAUUAUUGUGAUAAAAUAAAGCAUUUUCAUGCAGUCA